CUACACCCUAAACUUUUUCUUUCAUUCCAAGAGCAUCAACUUUUCUGACAAGUCAACUAUGUAGCACUUUAUGAAUUUUGAUUUGGAAAUCCACCACACGAACAACAUUAAAAAGAAAAUCAAGUUAGUUUAACACAAUUUACCUUUAACAAGUGCAUCUUGAGCAGGCUUUCUUUAAUUAACCAAGAGUCAUCCAAGUUAAUUUUGUUGUGGUCAAUCAUUUCUAUAAGCUCUUCCACCAUUGAGUUGCCUAGCCUUGGAUUUAUCCUUCUCUUCAAUUUUCUUUUUCACAUUUUUCUUUUGAUUGCAACUCAUCUUGUGAAUUAUAAACAACAAUUGCAGGAAUUAUUUUCCCCCCUUUAUCAAGUAAUAUUUCAUUUCAAAAGGCUCCUUCUAAGUGAACUCAGCCUGAUUUAAAACAGUGUCAUAGUGAAGAGGUAAACUGGUAAAGGUCUGUGACUAUCGCCCUUUCUCUAUUUUGUUUUAUCCCACCCAGUGCUUCUCACCAUAACUUUGCAGACAUCCAAAAGAUGGUCUUAAUUAAGAAAGGCCAGCUUUAGAAACAUGGGCCCCAGAGUGAGUUGAUGGCAGUCCUUUAGAAGUUUGGUAUUAAAAACAUAACACUACCAUUGGAAACAGAAUGCUCGCCAAUUCAUUUUCCUUCUGCUGUAAUAGCUUGCACAUGUGGUAAUUUGUUUCAGAACAAACUGCAUAAACCUGACCUGAACCUAAAAUAACAGGUUGAAAAGCAGUCUGUGGUGCACACAGUUGCUUAUAAUGUGAAGCUGCUGGUGUUUCUGGGUGAAGUCUACACCUUAUUGACCGACCUAAGAACCAAACUUGUUUUUCUCAAUGUUCUUUAAAAACAGGAUCUGUUCCAACAAAUUUGUUUAAUGUCUUUAUUGACAUAAGUUACAUAAUGAGAAAAGUGACUGGGUGCCAACAUACACUGUCUGUUACAUAGUAACUGUGUCCAUUCACUGACCCCACAAAAUUAUAGUAGUUGUGCAUAUAUUACAUUAAGUAUAGAAUUUGCAGAGGAAAUCAAAUCGGUUACAACACGGUAACUGAACGGAAAGGUACAGGUCAAGUUGCGAACUGUUCAUUUGAAACAAUUAGUGAUUUGAUGCCAAUGGUGAAUGAUUACUUCUGAUACACUCCUUAUAUUUUUGUGCAAUGUUACAUGAAUAUUUUGAAUUACUUUGGGACUGCUGUUUCUUUUUUGACACUGCUCACAAGUUAAUGGACGCAGGGAGGAACCGAAAACCCAAUUUUGUGGAAGGUGUUUACAGAAUUUAACUUGGGUGAGACAGUUAGUACAGGAUCCAUUGUAAUAAGUUGAUGAAGGAAGUAGUAAAUUUGAAUAAUAUCAAUUGAGUAAGAUGCCCACAAGAUAUCAAGUAGUCCGGGGUUUAGGUGGAGUCGGGGGCAGCUCACUUUGAAUCGGGAUGAUGAAUUAUAGCAAAUGAACUACCUUCAUGUAAAACAACGCCGUGAAAGAGACUAACUGUAGGAGUCAUGAAGAAAUAUGCUGAUGCCUCAAAGUCGUAUAAUUGAGGCACCACUAAUUUCCGGACAAGUGAGCAAAGUAUAUGUAUUGCAGAAUAUUGUUUCGAAGUAGAUAUACAUUAAUGCGGUUUAGAGUUUAUAAUACUGAACACUUAUGACAAUGAAUAUUUGUAGAUGUGUUCUUCUCAGACUAUUGUAUGUUUAAUCCUGGUAAUUUACAUUAAUGACAUGAAUUUGAAAACACUUCUGUUUGAAUUAUCUAUAAUGGCGACAGGACUAUCCCUAAGACGGUAACGAAGGAGGCUCACUUUACUUAUACGAUUGCUACUUUAAAACUUUGAUUGACUAAAAGAUGUAUCUAAAGGCGCGUUUAGCACGAACAUAAUGCUCAUUUCUGUGCUAUUUGAACAAUUUCCUCUGUGCUCAAUACAGUGCAACAGUUUCAUAAACUCUCUUGUUUUCCGUACGGUUCUUCCAGGAGAAAGCUAAAUCAAUUUGUUUGGAUGCUGAAAGAAAGUUGUGUGUUAUAUUUUCUUUUCAAUCACGAAUGUAGAACAAUACAAUUUGUCAGAUUUAUUUUUCGAGCAGUCCUAUUUUGGAGUCCGUUGUUUAUCGUCGUGCGAAAUGGGGACUGCUGCAAAAUCUGAGGGAAUGCCCCAUACAGAAUAACACCACACUCAGAAUCCCAGGCAAAUAUUUGGGUACAUCAGACCAGAGAACCCGGGAAUCAUGUGAAACCAAUUCUAAGAAUAAAUCAUUGUCACAACCAACUCAACGCCGAGGUAAAGGCAGGCAGAAAUUCCUGUCUGUUUCCGAUCGGCAAGUUAUUGUUUGGGACUGCUAGGCUGGUCCGCUGCUUGAAAUUUCAAGACAGAUAUUGGAAAGGCGCCUUUCUUUGUACAGUUCAAAGCGAACAGCUGAAUUUAUCCUUAAAAGCUCCUCAGAUACAACCAGUGAGAAAAUCGGGUAAGUUCUGGGUAGGCAAACAGUGAAAUCAAUCCUUCGGAGUUUAGUUUGAAGGAAAUGUUGACUAAGACUCAGAGCACAGUAAAGGUGACCUCGCUGGCUUGGAUGCUGGCGGGGAGACUAAACUUGUUCUGGUUGAAAUCCAAAGCGCUGGGCGUGGAUUGAGAUAAGAUAAAAUAUUGCAAAGGGAAAGAAAAAAAAAUGUUUUGCCUCUCACCUCACUGGCUGUUGUUUCCCGCCCACCCGGGAACACGUCUGCUCUAUCCGCCCAUCAAGUCGAUAUAUUUAAAGACCAGUUGGGAAAUCACAGCUCACAUUCAUUGUGAAAAGUGAGGUCUGACCUUGCAGAAGAAACCCUUUGACUGUUUUUCCCUCGUCGUUUUGCUUGCUCGUUUUCCCUUCGUGCCUUGUCACCAUGCGUCUGUUAACGAAGAACAUGUUCACCACCCCCUUCAUGUUUGCAAUCCUGUGUCAUUUCAUCGGCGACAACCCCUCUUACGCUGGGGUAUGUUGGCUCCAACAAGGAAGAAAUGGAAAAUGCCAGGCUUUAUCCAUGACACGGAUUGAUCGAGAAGAGUGUUGCAGCAGUGGAAGUGCUCAAGCUGCUUGGACAAGCCAUGAUAUACCAGAGAAUGACAUUUUAAAACUUAUAAUUCUUGGUGGAAUCAAUUGCUUCCCAUGUCACAAAACUUGUGAGGGUGUGGAUUGUGGACCUGGGAAGAUUUGCAAAAUGAAUAAGCAUAACAAGCCAACAUGCAUCUGUGCGCCUGACUGUUCCAAUGUCACAAAAAAAGUACCUGUGUGUGGAACUGAUGGUAAAGUCUACAAGGAUGAAUGUGCCCUCCUUUUGGCAAAGUGCAGAGGACUGCCAGAGCUAGAAGUGCAGUAUCAAGGAGAAUGCAAAAAGUCAUGCACACAGGUUUCAUGCCCGGGUACCUCCAUGUGUGUGAUAGAUCAAACCCACAGUGCACACUGCGUGAUGUGUAGAGUGAUGCCUUGUCCAGAGCCAUUAUCAUUUGAACAAGCACUUUGUGGGAACAAUGGUAUUACCUAUCAUAGUGUGUGCCAUCUGAGGCGUGCUACUUGCUUACUGGGAAAAUCCAUUGGUGUUGCUCACUAUGGGAGAUGCAAUGCUUCAGCAGAAGGGAUCAAGCAAAAAGGAGACAAUCAAGAUAAUACGGUGUUUUCGAAACUUCUCCUUGGAUGGUAGUUUAUAAUGAAUCAAGAAGUUACAAGCAGAGAAAGAAAAGACAUUGGGGCAAAAAUUCCUCUGGGCAUUAGAGUAGUGCCUGUACUAUGUGAGCACUAAUACACAAGUCAUUUGAACUUUUAGUGCUAUCAAAAUAUCCACUCACUCCUUCCUUUCACUUAUGUGACUGAUUUGUCAUCACAAGUUAAUGCAUAGACUAGGCCUCAAGACUUUUCACUUCCAAGGGCUCACUAAGCCACAACUAAAAUUGCUUGUGCGCAAAUAUUCAUGUUAGUUUUAAUGUUUAACCUUUUAAUUAUAAGAAUUGGUGCUAAAAUGGCUGAGUACUGUUCGAGAUUCAGCAGCAGUUAUUAUAAAACAUGAAUGAUUCAGGAAUGUUUCUGUGCACACUGCAACAUGGACUUUGCAUCAAGUGUGACACGGAUAGCAUAACAGAGGAAGAGCAAGAAAAAAUGUCUUGGGACGUUCAAGAGUAUCACAACUUUGUAUUGCCAUGUCAUCACUGUACAGAAGAUCAUUACUGGCACGUGCUGAGUAGAAACACUAGCAUCACCCAUGCCAUUUUAUAGAAUUAGGCCUGCAAUCUAGCAACAAUCUACAGUGCAUUUUACUUAUUGUUAAAUCUUGCAAAUUCUUUUUCAACAAAUACUUGAUUAGCCAGCUUUGUAGUUCACUUGUGAAUUGAAGAGAUCAUGGGUGGCCUGUUUCACAAUACAAAUGCCAUUUAUCUGGAUGCAGCACUAGUAGCUUUUCUUAACAAACAUGUGGCAUCUCAUACUACAAGGUUCCAUUAGCUGUACUCAUGUCGCCAUUUAUCCAAUAACAUUUGGCUAAUAAGCAGAAGUGGGUAAAUUAUGAUCACAUACAAUCUUUCUGAUGCCUUAAUGUUAAGUCAGCCUUGUUAUUCAAAGGUUCUGCCUGCAAUCCUUAAAGCACUUUGCUUUUUAAUUAUGUUACAACAUAUGUAUAAAAGGAUAGUGUGCCACUUUACUCUAACAUUGUAUCUCAUGCACACUGAGAAUGGCCUUAUGGUCUGACAGAAAUAAGGAAGAGGGUCUUAGUGUGUAGUAUCUUAGGACAAUCAUUUUAUAGAGUCAUAGCGAUGUACAGCAAGAAAACAGACUCUUCGAUCCAAUUCAUCCAGGCCGACCAGAUAUCCUAAAUUAAUCUAAUCCCAUUUGCCAGCAUUU